AUGACGGAGGAGGAGCGGGAGAAGGUCACCCCGCUCCUGGUCAGGGGCUUUCGGGAUGCUGCCGAGGAAGGCGGGACGGCGGUGACUGGCGGACAGACUGUGGUAAACCCUUGGGUCAUCGUGGGUGGGGUGGCCACGGUGGUGUGUCAGCCCAACGAGUUCAUCAUGCCCGACAGUGCCGUGGUCAGGGACGUGCUGGUGUUAACCAAACCCUUAGGGACCCAGGUGGCUGUCAAUGCCCACCAGUGGCUGGAUAACCCUGAAAGGUGGAAUAAGAUCAAGAUGGUGGUCUCCAGAGAAGAGGUGGAGCUGGCCUAUCAGGAAGCCAUGUUCAAUAUGGCCACCCUGAACAGAACUGCCGCAGGGCUGAUGCACACGUUUAAUGCCCAUGCAGCCACCGAUAUCACAGGCUUUGGCAUUCUGGGGCACGCUCAGAAUCUUGCCAAACAACAAAGAAACGAGGUGUCCUUUGUCAUCCACAACCUGCCCAUCAUUGCCAAGAUGGCCGCCAUCAGCAAGGCCAGUGGGCGCUUUGGGCUCCUUCAGGGAACCUCGGCAGAAACUUCUGGGGGGUUGCUGAUCUGUUUGCCAAGGGAACAGGCUGCCCGCUUUUGCUCUGAGAUUAAGUCUUCCAAGUACGGAGAGGGUCACCAGGCCUGGAUCGUUGGCAUUGUGGAAAAGGGCAACCGGACGGCCCGCAUCAUUGACAAGCCUCGCGUUAUUGAGGUCCUGCCUCGUGGGACCGCUGCUACCGCUCUGGCUCCAGACCAUCCCAACGCCUCCUCUGCACCUAGCUCUUGAGAUGGAAGAGCAGAAGUUGUCUGGACCUUACCGCCUGUGCACACAAUCAUGGAUGGUUCUGAAGAGUUGACUUUAGGAACAGAUUUCCAAAGAAGGCUGCCCGCAUAGUAGCCCCACAGUUGCCCUUUCUAGGUGAUUUGAGUCAGCCCAUCAGAAGCUGCACAUCCAAGGCCAGAAGUAUCAUUUUGGACUUUGGGGAGGGUGGUUUUAUUUGGCUUGGAAGAGGAGCACAAAAACCUGUAUCCUCUUUCCAAGAGCAGAGUGAGGAAAUUUCCAUCUGAGAGAAUUGGGGGGAAAUACAUAUACAUAUGCAACUAUUUUUGGACCAAAAUGGUUGAUAAAUUGUUAAGAAAGAUCUUAUAAUGCAAUGACAGGUUCUUUACUAGACUUUUCUGAAAUACUGUCCCUUUCCUGCUCUGGACAAGAAUUGAGCAGCUUGUCCAAUGCCUGGGAAAGGAAGACCUGCAGCCAUCUGACCUGGUCUCUGUUAAUGAUGCCUCUUCCUCCAAACCCUUUUAAGGACAGAGAGAGGCAGAGAAGCCCCAGGGCCCAGGCUCAGUGGUCAUUAAGAUGUUAAAGUUUGUGCUGAAAAUUCCUGAUGAUUUAAUCAGUGAAGUGAUUUCUAGUGAAUUAAAUAAAAAGCAUUUUGUUGAAAAUU